AGACACACACACCAGGAGACUCACAAGCAGACAGGACGGGUCACACGCCGCUGAAUAUGUCGGGCAUCGCGAGCAAACUCGCGCACAACCGCGAGCGAUCGCAGGGGAUCGGGAGCCACUCGCACGCGGUGAAGUACCUGAACCAGGACUACGAGGCCCUGAGGGACAGCUGCCUGGAGAGAGGGCGCCUGUUCGAGGAUGACAGCUUCGAGGCGCUGCCCUCAUCCCUGGGCUUCAAAGAGCUGGGGCCAAGCUCCUACAAAGUGCGGGGCGUCACCUGGAAGAGACCCACGGAGUUGACCUCAAAUCCAAAAUUCAUAGUUGAAAAUGCCACCAGGACGGACAUUUGCCAGGGAGCACUUGGUGACUGCUGGCUCCUCGCAGCCAUCGCCUCCUUGACCCUCAACAAACAGGUUCUGACUCGGGUCGUACCCCACGACCAGAGCUUUGACAAGAACUACGCAGGCAUCUUUCACUUCGAGUUCUGGCAGUUUGGGGAGUGGGUGGAUGUGGUGGUCGAUGACCGUUUGCCCACCAAAGAUGGGGAGCUGCUGUUUGUUCACUCAGAGGAGGGAUCAGAGUUUUGGAGUGCACUGCUGGAGAAGGCCUAUGCCAAGAUAAAUGGAUGCUACGAGGCUCUCUCUGGAGGCAGCACCAUUGAGGGUUUUGAGGACUUCACUGGAGGCAUUUCUGAGAGCCAUGACCUGAAGAAGGCUGAUCCCCAUCUCUUCAAAAUCAUCAAGAAGGCCCUGGACAGAGGAUCCCUUCUGGGAUGCUCCAUUGAUGUUUGUUUGAGUUUCUUGUUUUACUUUUCAUGGAGUAUUGUUGGUGUUCUCUUGGGAUCUGGUAGUUUUGACCUUAAUACUUUUUCCUCUCUGUCCCAGAUCACCAGCUCCAGUGAUUCAGAAGCUGUCACCAGUCGCAAGCUGGUGAAGGGUCAUGCCUAUUCAUUGACGGGAGCAGAGCAGGUGGAUUACAACGGUGACAUGGUGCAGUUGAUCAGGAUUAGAAACCCAUGGGGUCAGGUGGAGUGGAAUGGAGACUGGAGUGACAGUUCUCGCAACUGGAGAUAUGUGAGUGAUGAAGAUCGGAAGAGGCUGACCAACCGUUCUGAGGACGGGGAGUUCUGGAUGGCAUUUCGUGACUUCCUGCACCAAUAUUCUCGCCUUGAGAUCUGCAACCUCACCCCUGAUGCCCUCACGGACGAAUUCUCGAAAUGGGCAGAGUCCGAGUUUGAGGACACAUGGAGGAGGGGCGUGUCAGCUGGCGGCUGCAGAAACUUCAUAGAUUCCUUCUGGAUGAAUCCUCAGUUUGUCAUUAAGCUGAAUGAGGUGGACGAUGACCCUGAUGAUGGCGAGGAGGGCUGCACCUUCAUCGUGGGCUUGAUGCAGAAGAACAAGCGUCGCAGGAGAACAAUGGGGGAGGACAUGGAGACGAUCGGUUUUGCCAUCUACGAGCUGCCUGAGGAGUACUCUGGCAAAAGGCAGGUUCACCUGAAGAAGGACUUCUUCAAGUACAGCGCCUCAGCAGCUCGCUCCGAGACCUUCAUCAACCUGAGAGAAGUGUGCGGCCGCUUCUGUCUUCCCCCGGGAGAAUACCUCAUCAUCCCCUCCACCUUCGAGCCCAACAAAAAUGGAGAUUUCUACGUGCGGGUGUUCUCUGAGAAAGAGGCUGAUUUCCAGGAGAUCGAUGAUCCUGUGGAAUGCCAUGUCGAGGAGAUUCAUAUUGAUGAAGAUGACAUCGGUGACCGUUUCAGGAAUCUGUUCGAUCAGCUUGCCGGACACGAUGUGGAGAUUUCUGUGUUCGAGCUUCAGAAAAUCCUCAACAGAGUGGUGAGCAAGAGAGACGACAUCAAAACCAGUGGAUUCAGUCUGACAACCUGCCGCAACAUGGUCAACCUGCUGGAUAAAGAUGGAAGCAACAAGCUGGGAUUGGUGGAGUUUAAGAUCCUGUGGUCAAAGAUUGAGAAGUUCCUGGAUCUUUACAAAGGGAAAGACGUAGACCGCAGUGGCUGUAUGAGCUCCUCUGAGAUGCGGAUGGCCGUUGAGGAGGCUGGUUUCACUCUGAACAACCCUCUGCAUCAGAUCAUUGUGGCCCGUUACAGUGAACCAGACCUCUCCAUCGACUUUGACAACUUUGUGUGCUGCCUGAUUCGCUUGGAGUCGCUCUUCAAGACCUUCAAUGCCCUGGAAAAGGACGGGACAGGUCGCAUAGAGCUGGGUUUUACUCAGUGGCUGAAUCUAACGAUGCUGUAGAGGAUUUCUGACAGUUCACAGGGGAAGGAUCCAGUUUUGUGUGGAAGUCUCAUCAUACCUGGGUAUUGGCUGCAGGUUUUCUGGUGAAUGUCUUUUGCGAUGAAUUGAUAUUAAAUUUGAGUGGAAACUAUUCCCGAUUGUCUGAUUUUCCAUUAACACAAUAAUACCAAUGUCAUAUAAUAAUGGGUUUAAUAAGUAUUCAAUAAAACAAUAGAUAUUUA